AUGUAUUUCUCGUCGACCUUGCUAAUUCGAGAGGCACUUAUCCUUCUGAAUAGACUAGCAUCAAAUCCACAGUACUCCACUCCUGUUUUCAGAAUACUAACGAACAGCCGAGAUGUGGCCUCUUUGACCUUGGAUGUAGCUAACAGGUUAUCCCGCAAAGGCAAAUGGCUAUGGCAGUCUGACAAGUUGACUCGGCAAAUCAGAGAAUCUGAAAUUGUGGACUUAGCUCGGGUAUUUAAAAAAAGGGUGUUCACCUUUUUAGGAGAAAGCUUGUCCUGA